AUGGCAUAUACUGUGCUGACACGAUCAAAAUCGGCGAAGUCCAACGUGGGACAGGUAACACAUUCAGAUUCGUUGGAGUCAACUUUCAAUCAUGUCAUGAAACAUUUGGAUGAAGAGGCAUCAAACAGUAGUACCGGUAGUUAUUUCGACCUUCAGAAGUAUCUAUCUGAUCAACGAGUAGAAGAAGAGCGUUUGCUCCAGGAGCAGGCAGCUAUUGAAAAGGAACGAAUUGCUGAACAACAAUGUCUUGAAGAAAAAAACCGUCUGGAUCAGAGAUUAUUAGAGGAAAAGCUUGCUCUCGAAGAGCGACGUCGACAUGAAGUAGAGAUUCGUUUACAGGAACUACGUCGUCAGGAAGAAGAAAGGCGGAGAGAAGAACAAGAAGAGUAA